CCCGACCAGUUAGUUGUUGUGAUUUCGUGUAAAAGAAAAUAGUCCCAUUUCGUCGGUUUGUGGUGCACAUUUUUCAAUGUAAAAACAUGUCUUCAUCACCAACGGGCCCGGAAGAGUUUGGCAAACUCCUCGGAACGGUGCACCGAUGCGACGGUACGCAGAAACCCGCGACGGGAGCAUUCGGUGGCAAUGGAGGGUCACCCGGUGGGCCCUCGGGCACCAAAACGAUCGAGAUGCAGCCAGCGGAACUGUCGGAAACGGAGGACAACUCGUACAUGUACUUCCGGCAGGAGGGGCUGUUUGCGAACAGUUUUCCUAAGAUGAAAGAAAUCCGACGAAUGGGAAAGAUGUGCGACGUUACGCUGAAGGUUGAUUCUCACUCCUUUUCAGCGCACCGCAUCGUGCUUGCAGCUACCAUCCCGUAUUUCUACGCAAUGUUUACCCACAAUAUGGCCGAGAGUAGAAUCAAAGAAAUUACCAUGAAGGAAAUCGAACCACUGGCGCUAGAGAGUUUGAUAAACUUUGCGUACAGUGGACUAGUCAAAAUCGAUACCCAAAAUGUGCAAAGUCUUAUGGUGGGCGCAUCGUUUCUCCAGCUGAACGAAGUACGGGACGCGUGUGCGAAGUUUCUGAAGCGCAAGUUCCACCCUCAGAACGUGCUGGGCAUACGACAGUUUGCCGAUACGCUCGGUUGCUCGAAGCUAAUCGUGUCCGCCGAUCGGUACAUCCACCAGCACUUCUCGAAGGUGGCGAAUGGGGACGAGUUCGUCGCCCUCAGCAACAGCGAGCUGAUCGAGGUGAUCAGCCGGGACGAGCUGAACGUCAAGAGCGAAGAGUGCAUCUUCGAGGCGUGUAUGCGCUGGGUAAAGCACGACCAGGACACCCGCUCCGAGUACCUGCCGCUCAUACUAGCCAACAUCCGGCUGCCACUGCUCUCGCCCCAGUUUCUCGCCGACAAUGUUGCCACGGAAGAGCUGAUUAAAACGUCACACAAGUGUCGCGAUCUGUUGGAUGAGGCGCGCGACUUUCACCUGAUGCCGGAACGGAGGGCCCUCGUGUCGACGACGCGUACCCGUCCACGGUGUUUCGAUUUUGUCGUGGGGUUAAUUUUUGCCGUCGGUGGACUGACGAAAAACGGGGAAUCCGUGAGCACGGUGGAGAUCUACAAUCCAACCAGCAAGGAGUGGAGUAUGGGCGAAGCGAUGACGAUGCUGCGGUCACGGGUCGGAGUGGCCGUUACCAACGGGAAGCUGUACGCUUUCGGUGGAUUUAAUGGAACCGAACGGUUGUCGACGGUGGAAAUCUACGACCCUCGGCAGCACCGAUGGUCUCAGGGAAUGCCGAUGCAGUGCAAGCGCAGUGCGGUCGGUGUGGCCGCCCUAGAGGACUACGUGUACGUGUGCGGUGGGUACGACGGUGUGACCAGUCUCAGCACGGUCGAACGAUACUGUCCACGGACGGACAGCUGGAGCACGGUAGCGCCGAUGAUGAAGUAUCGUUCGGCGGGCGGUGUGGCCGCCCUCGGUACGUUCGUGUAUGCCCUCGGAGGGCACGAUGGACUGUCGAUCUUUGACACGGUCGAGCGGUACGAUCCCUUCCUCGAUACGUGGACAAAGGUGCGUCCGAUGAUUUACCGCCGAUGUAGGCUCGGGGUAGCCACACUCGGCAAUCGGUUGUACGCCUGCGGUGGCUACGAUGGCAAUUCGUUCCUUCGCACGGUGGAAGUGUACGAUCCGGUGAAGGACACCUGGUCACUAAUCGCGCCGAUGAAUGUGAAACGCAGCCGGGUCGCACUGGCGGCCAACAUGGGCAAACUGUGGGCCAUCGGAGGGUACGAUGGUGAAUCGAACCUCUCGACGGUGGAAGUGUACGAUCCGAAAACCAACACCUGGACGUUCGUCGCCCCGAUGAAGCACCAUGGCGGAGGGGUAGGCUGCGGCGUUAUACCUACACCAUUCCAGGAUUGAAACAGCACCCACCCAACUUUUUCGACUCAAAACUCUGAUGUUCAUCUUGCACCUAGGAAUUCGUCACACUGUAAUUUUCAACAUUAAGAUUUCAGCCAACCUUGCCAUCGACGGAAGAUAAUAGCGGAACAUCUUUUGUAUCUGGUACGUGAAUUCCAUUCCGAUCUCGUUUCCGUCAACAGUCUUUCAAUGUGUGCAACAGGAAGUGAAAUCCAGGACCAGCUGUACCAUGUUCAGCAUAAAACAUUUUUCUCCUUUCAACACAUUUUAGUAUUACUUUGCAAUAUUUGACAAAAAAGAACAUAAUUCAAUCGAUGGAAUUAUUGUUUCACCGGUAAUCGUGCAAUUUUCACACAUUCAUAACAAAUUUAAAUUUAAACAAACACAUUUUUUUAUUUGGCAAAUAGCAGACAAGCCCUGAUCGCUUGAUGUCGAUUCGUUCUCAUGCUGACGUUAUGUAUUUACGCGGUUAUAUAGAUCUAGAAAUCGAAUAAAUUUAUUAGGAAAAAAAGUAUACCAAACACAUUUGCUAGGCCUAAGUCUCGCCCCAUUUUCUCAUCGUUGUUGUUCGCUCUAGGGGUAUGGGUUCCUUUCACCAAUCUUUAUUCUAUAAAACACAGAGCUAAUGUUACACGCUAGGCACGAUCGCGCUUUUAUCUGUACGUUCAUCACACAUUAGUAGGACGUUGUUUGUAAGAUGUCUAUAUGAUACGACGUAAAAGAUUCGCUUAUGUUUUACACGUGUAGAAAUGAAAGCAUUGCAAAUAAAAUCGAGGACCCGAACAGUUCGGGAUUCAUCCC